CUUCCAGGGCUUGUGUACUCUGCUACUCAUCAUCUCAUCUGCAUUCAUCUGCAUUCAUCUGCAUUUCUUGUGUUCAUUCAUCUUUCUCUCCUCUCCUCUCUUCUGUAACAUACCACAAAGAUUUUCAUGUCAGACCAAAAUCCUCCAGCGAAGGCCGUGCCAAUAGUCCUGAUAGUUGGAGCUGGCCUCGGUGGCCUCUUACUGGCAACACUCCUGGAGCGCAUCGAUGUGCCCUACCAUAUUUUUGAACGUGCUACUGAAAUGCGCUCUCUAGGUGCCGCCAUGACUCUCGGAGCUAACAUUCUGCCCGUCUUUGAGCAAUUGGGACUCCUGGAGGAGAUCGAGAGGGUGUCGUUGCCCUGUCCUUGGCUGGAGUUUUACAAUGGCAACAUGAAGCAGGCUGGUGGCAUCGACCUGCGUGGACACAAAACAGUUUCAGGAUAUGACAACCUCCUAUUCGCAAGACCAAAGCUCUAUGAGCUACUUCGCAAACAAGUACCCGCGGAGAAGAUCACUCUGGGCAAAAAAGUCCUUCGCGCCGAGGAAAAAGAUAACAAGGUCCAUAUCCAUUGCUCUGACAACACCAGCUAUCAUGGCGAUAUCUUAAUCGGAGCAGACGGCGCUUACAGCGGCGUGCGACAGAGCCUUUACAAACGACUGGAUGAAGCUGGAGUUCUCCCAAAAUCAGACUUGGAAAGUCUUUCGAUUGCGUAUGUUAGCAUGGUCGGUGUCGCCACCCCGCCAAACCCUGAAAAGUACCCUCAGCUCAAGGACGACUAUUCACACUUUUCACAGGUGCUUGGGAAGGAUGCGCGCAGCUGGGGCGUUUUCAGCGUCGCAGAUAACCAAAUCUGCUGGGGUCUUAGUACCCAGCUCUCUGAAUCCGAAGCCAAGGACCAGCAUUUCCGUAACUCUGAGUGGGGCCCGGAAUCGAACGAAGGCACGAUCAAGGAAUUUGAGAACCUGCCUAUUCCAUGGGGAGGCACGAUGGGCGAUAUCUUUGAGGCUACACCUAAGGAGUUGACUUCGAAAGUCUUUCUCGAGGAGAAGCUAUUCAAGACCUGGUAUCAUUCGCGGACAGUCCUUAUUGGCGACGCUUGUCAUAAAAUGCUUCCUGGCGCUGGUUUAGGGGCCGUGAAUGCCAUGCAGGACGCCGUGGUCCUUGCCAACUGCAUCUACAACAUGAAGGAUGCAAGUCCCAAAAGCUUUACAGCCGCAUUUCAAGAGUACUACAGGCAGCGCUACGAUCGAGCGGAUGAACAGCUUCAGCGCAGUGGCGCCAUGUCGAAGACAAUGGCUGGUCAGACAUGGACCGAGCGAUUGACGCGCAACAUAAUUCUUAACUACAUUCCAGAUUGGAUCCAGCAAAAGGGCUUCGCCAAGGCCUUUGAGUAUCGACCUCAGAUUGCAUGGCUGCCUUUGGUCGAGAAUCGUGGCACUGGAAAGGUCCUCCCACAGGAGGGAGAAAGGAAAGAUUUCGGACAGUAGGCGAAAGCGAUCUAAUGGGAACCUUUUGGUGUGCGCUACAUAGAAAAUGAUUAAAAGUAUUAAAACCGG